UUUCAAUAGUGUUAUUUUAGCAAAUUGAAUACAUAGUUCUUUUGUAUUCUCGUUAUAUUUAACAGCUGAGAUGACAAAAGAAGUAAAUCGAUGUAUACACUUGUAUCGAAUAUUUGGAAUGCAUUCAAUUAUCUUGCAUUGAACAAGCCUGAAUUUUUCAAAUGUCUUUAUCUAUAUAAUUCAUUUUGCCAAAUGUGUAAUUUAAAAAAAAAGAACAUUAAAUAUUUGCUUCUUCAAAUAGCUACACUGUAAAUCGGCAGGACGCGAAUCGUAAUAAUUAUGUUCGGGUGAUAUUUAGUUGCAUAUGAGGUUGAGCAUUUAAGGACAUAUUUAUAGGUUACUAGCUGUGACCAUUAUCUCAAGCUGAGUGAAGUAUUACCAUCAUUCUUUUAUAAAGAUAUACAGCGAAACCAAGAAUUAGAACAAUGGAUGAAGAAUCGAGCUGGCUUCCAAGCAAUACAUUUAAUGGUCUAGACCGUAGGUUAAAUAUGGGAAGUACAAUUGUACCAAAACUUGGUCAAUACUCUCCUCGUAUCCUAGGAGUUGUUGGACCUUUUGUUAGAGGAACCGACAAUAUGUUCUUUGUGACUGCUAAUCAUGUUAUAUCUCAACACUGGAAGUAUACAGACGAAGAUACUGAAACCCGGGAUACUGAAACCCGGGUUUUACUACUUAUCGACAAGCUAGAUAAAAACUACGAAGCAUAUGACUGUGGACGAGUUGUUGCAGGUAGAAGGACUGGUAGCAUAGCAGCCCUGAUACAAAUUAAUCAAGAUUUAGUGGGAAAGACAGAGGAAGUUUUGAAAACAGGAAAGUUUCCAUUUGCAGGAAUUAGUCCAAUAAAUUUCCCGUCUUAUGACAAUAGGAAUUCGCGGAAAAGGACUCAAGUAUAUGUAUUUGGAAAACGAAUCAGAACAGCCACAGCCAAAAUCAUAGUUGAUGACAAGAGAGGAAGGAUCAUUCUUAAAACGGUUGAAUAUAACCUUUUAGAACCAAACGAGGGCGGCGCAGCGGUCUUCAUUGUGGACCGAGAUAAUAUCCUACACUGCAUGGGUAUAUAUGUCUGCGGAUUCGAGGAUAAUGCACGUCAAUUUGUUAUUAUUCCGAUAGAGGUUAUACUACAAAACCUGGGACAAGAACUGGGACAACAAUUAGAAAUAGUUAGUUUCGACAACAAAAGAAAGGAAACCAAGUCUAUAUCAUCACUAGAUCAUACUCGUUUGGAAAUAAAUGACGUAGAAUAUGCAAGAUAUUGGAUGGAAACAAACACACUUCCGGAUCAAGAUACUUUGAAUACCUUAGCUAAAAAGUUUGGAAGGAAGUCAGAAAUUGUAUGGAAAAAUUGCUGCAAAAUUAGUUCCUACAUCAAAAACCAAAGUAAUAAGAUAAUAAAUGCCCUGCCAACAUACAGACCGGAAGAUCACAGUAAGAUUAUCUUCGUUAUCAUCUUAAGGGAUGAAAUAAACAUUAAGGAGAGAAUUAAAUAUUCGACUGUCGAAAAGUUUUUGGACUCUGAAAAGCACCGUUUUGGUGAAGAAGGAAAAUUUGUCAUGUAUGAUAAACUGUAUGAAGAAGCACAUUUGUCCGAAGAUGAAAACAAACGUGUGAAGAAUUGUAUCGACAAGCAUGCUGACAGUUUAAUGAAUAAUCAUAAAUUCUUAACUGUCAUUACUGGGAGCCCAAUAAGAUCUAAAAACUACAGGUCAUCGACUCAGGAACUUAAAAGGGAAGUGUGCCUCGUCUUGUAUGUUUUGAUCAAAGGUUAUAUACCAAUCGACGAAGAAGUCUUUGCGACGCAUUACAAUGACGUUGGUAUCGAUGUUAGAGAAGGUAUGUUUAGUCCGUUCGGGUUAACAGCCAAAAGUUAUCACGAAAACUUGCGGUUAGGAUGCCAGAUUGCUCGACAAUUACUCGGAACUGUUGGAGGAUUUAUUGAAUAUCCAGGAUAUGGCUUAUGUGGCCUGACAUGCGCGCAUGUUCUGUUAGAUUCCACAGAAAUGAGGGGUUUGACAAAUGACCCCAGAGGUACAAAGGAAUGGCGAAGCCCGUCAAGCAACGAGUAUGUAUUUCAACCAGAAAAUGAUGUUGCAUUAGCAUCCAGAUAUGGAGUUGACCUUUUUGUUGGUAGGCUUGUUAAAGCCGUUUAUCGAAAAGGUGGUGGCGGUCAAAGUGGCAUGGACAUAGCUCUUUUUCAAGUUGAACGAAGAUAUCCAAAUUCGGGUGAAUUUCCCCAUUUACAAGACGGCAGUAGAACAGAAAUGAAAUUUUGUUCUGGCUUGUCAGUUGGAUGUUCAAGAUUGAAAUGUGGAGCUGUCAGGAAAUUUGGCGCAACCUCUGACAAAACCGAUGGCACCGUUGUUAUGGAAGCACCAUCCCUGUCAGUCAAAUAUUACAGAACGUGGGAGCAUUUAAGUGACUUUAAGAUGGUAUUACAUAAUCUCUUAGAAGUUAAAACAUUAUCUGUAUCGGCACAAGGUGAAAGGGUACCUUUUGCGGAUUUUGGAGACUCUGGGGCACUAGUAUUCUGUGAUGGCCACGACGGCGAGAUGCUUUGUGUCGGAGUGGUAGAAGGCGGUAUUUCGACGGACACUGUUGCUGUCAUGCCAAUUAUGCCGAUACUGAAUGAACUGAAUGUUCCAGGAUUCAAAAACUUUGAACUUGAAAAAAUGCGAGGAGAUAUCGACGUUUUAAAACAAGCGAUUGAAAGAUUGAAAGAAAAAGAUAAACACAUGAAGGAUACUGUCAAUCACACUUUCCAAGAAUUAAAAAAACAGAUAGAUGGAAUUCAAAGAGCAGUUCAGCAACUAAGUAACAAGUAGUGCAAGUAAACCAUACAUGUAUGUAGCGGUUUCGAUGUGUAACAGAUCGACGGUAUCUAAAUCAUAAGAAAACUUUAAAACGUAAGUGAAAUUCCAAGACACAGGUUAUCAAAGUCACUAAAUAUCUUUGCCUCAGCAUAAAAACUGGUUAACAGCUUCUUUAUAUCAAUGCAGUUAACCGCUUUUUGUAUAUCAAUGUCUCUGGGCGUAACUAGUCUAUGUGCGUAAAGACAAUGUGACAGAAUGACGAUGACAAAUUUGGUAUGAUACCUAUUUAUCAAACUCAGAUUGACGCGGCACCGAUUAUACGGACGGCAGGCUACCCACAUAAACAUCAGUUUACAGGAUCACUCAGCAAUAAAUAAUGACUAGACAACAUACUGGACAUGAUUAACAUAAUUAUUCAUAUACUUCGGGAUGAUGUGAAGUAGAAAACGAUAAUGUGUUAAAUACCUUUUGUAGAUAAUUAAGUUCUGCUCAACCCGGGGUUACAAGGCGUGGAUUUAAACAUGAAUUUCAACCACCGUCCAUGAGCAGGCUCGGUCAAACCUAGCCUGCAGCAUUUUCAUUGUGUCAUGUUGGUCGACGGGUGUAGUUUUCCAUUUUUUAUUUCAUAUUAAUUCAUCAACAUGUAGAGGCAAAAUAAAAAAUUUAUAACGUUUUGGUAUCAAAAUAGCCAAAGUGUACAAUGGAAUAUACCCUGUAAUGAUAAAUUCAAAAUUGAUAAACUAAUUUUAAAAAUUUAAAAUGAAAUGCCAUAACCAUCCCCGGAGUGUUUUAGAAUAUUAGGUAAUUUCAAUGGAAUUGCCUUAUAUUUAAAAAGAAAUCAAGGAUUAAUCUUGUUACGGAAAGGGUGAAUCAAACGAUACGUAUACGUGUGUAUACAUUGUAUGUGGCAUUGUAAACUUUCAAAACAAAUUGUUUACAUGAUUGUUUGUUUUGCGUGUUAUAAUAUGCAAAUAACAAUGCAGAAGUUUCUCUUUUGGUGGUCAACAGUGACUCUGUAUACUGUAGUGACUACAUUAGUUUUAUGCAAUUAAUACUGAAGAUGAGUAAAAAGAGAUUUCAUUCCACACGGAUCAGCAAAAACACAACAUUAUGUACAAAAUCUAUUUUGCCCAUAUUCUAUAAUUAGUAAUGACCCACUUAUGUUAACACCGAUGACAUCACACUGUACACAAUGAAUGUCAUAUCAUGAUUUUGGAUUGUUAUUCCAUCUUUGUAAUUUUUCUAAAUAAAGAUUUUUAAAUUACUAUAA